AGGCUCCGUCAUCUUCUUAAACGGCGCCGUGAGGGUUUGUUGAGUAGGGUGGGUGGAGAGUUCGCGACUUUGCGGAUCGUGAUCUCGAUCUCGAACACGAUCUCGAUCGAUCGCGGGGGGGUUCCCCGAUCGGGAUCUCCUUUUCCUCUCCUCCAAGUGAUAUUAGCAGGUUGGUGUACUGGAUGGCCGCUCGUGUUUACGUAGGCAAUUUGGAUCCCCGAGUUACUGCGCGGGAGCUUGAGGAUGAGUUCCGAGUAUUUGGGGUUUUACGAAGUGUGUGGGUUGCUAGAAAACCACCAGGUUUUGCUUUUAUAGACUUUGAUGACCGUAGAGAUGCUCAGGAUGCAAUUCGGGAGUUGGAUGGUAAGCAUGGAUGGCGAGUUGAGUUGUCCCACAACUCAAGCAGUCGUGGCCGUGAUCGCUAUGGUGGUUCUGAUAUGAAGUGUUAUGAGUGUGGUGAGGCUGGUCACUUUGCUCGGGAAUGUCGCCUGCGGAUCGGCCCUGGAGGUUUAGGCAGUGGAAGGCGUCGUAGCCGCAGUCGCAGUCGCAGUCCUAGAUAUCGUAGGAGCCCGAGCUACGGUAGAAGAAGCUACAGUCCUCGCGACCGGUCUCCAAGGCGUCGCAGUGUAUCGCCGCCUCGUGGACGCAGCUACAGUAAGUCACCACCAUAUAACCGAGAUCGUGAAGAGUCUCCCUAUGCUAAUGGAAACAGUGGUGCCAGAUACAGCCGCCGCAGCAGGAGCUAAACCUAAUUAAGUGGGCACUAUGCGUUCUGGAUCGGCAAUGGAACUUUUGGUGUUGUUGGCUAUGAACUAUGUCCUAUUUGAGUGUCACAACUUCGACUGCGUGAACUUGGUUAAGUUUCUAUAACUUAAUUUGCCUUGUUAUGCAUUUCUAUAUAAUGUCUUAGAGUUCGUAUAACUUUAUAACAAGGAUGUACCGUGCAACUAAGAUUUAUAUCUUUUCUUUUGUGUGUUCAAAAGGCGUGGUCCUGCUUUAACGACUCGCCGGACUUCAGCACUCAAUUUGCUUUUGUGGUUAUACUCUACAUCGUCUUGUUCUUCGCUACGUCCUCACCUGCUAGCUUCGAUCAAAUUGAGACUAUUUCCCUUCUUGACUACAUGCUUCUGCGUGCUUUAUAUUCUUCGGUUAAGAUGCUGCCUCGUUACUGCCUUCAUAUAACUUGAGAAGCUGCAGGGGAGCUUCUAACCUAAAACGUCUUCUGAAACCACUAGGGAAUUCACGAUCUUCGUAGGCCUACGACUCUUCUGGGUCUUCUCUCGCUUGUAAUUCAAGGUGAGGAAAACCAAAAACUGCUUCCCGUUCAUUCGAGGAUCGAAGACCUGCUUCUUUUCUUCGGCUGCAUGAUCUUCUGAUGAACUCCAGAGGUGUGUCGACAGUAUUCAAUUCUGGGGUUUAAUCGGUUACUCCAUUUUUCUUCAGACUUUUAUCUAUUAAACGUCAGUAGUCGAAAUUUCCCCCCAGUAAGAAUUUUAUUUUCACGAUGAACUUCCAAAUGUUGUUUAUUUCUUCUAUUACUGGUAAAAAUUAGAAAUAAAUGAGGCAUAGUUUGGGAAUGUGUUGUCUGUAUGCAACCGCCUGAUGCUUUAAAGCCCCGAGAAAAAGCCUAUAUAAGCUCACUUUGGAGCUCCACUUCCUGGUUGCUAAAAGAUGACAGCGGAGACCUCAAUGAGGGAAGCAUCCCGCCAUCUCGAAGCACGGAAAGGACCGACCCAGCUCCAGAGCAUCAAAAUGGUUGCGCUUGGAGAACAUACUCUCGUAAACGCCUGAAAUUUGCCUGCUUCUACUUAACUAAGUCCUUUCUGAAUGAGAUUGCUAGCCUGUUUAAUCCAACCUGGGUUCAUGUUCAUGUGCUUUUACCUGACGGGGUCGCAAGAAUCUUUGCUAUGCUAUCUGCGGUUAUCUUACUGCUUUGGGAUUGGAUGUGUUGAAUCUGAUCCAUGUAUUCAAUCUGUCGACUAACAUUCUGUUUUUCGGUUUUGUUGAUCUGUGUUGAAUUUGGUUUA